ACAACCACCAUACAUGCAAAGUAUAAAAGCUGUUACCAUCUGGGCAAUACAUCUCACACACCAUCCUCACCAAAAGAAGGGAACCAUCCUCUCCUGACUGACACCAUGCUGUCACAAGAAAGAAGAGAGGAGGACUUUUUGAGAGAAGUUGUCCCUAGUUUGAAAAAUGGAAUGGUUAAUUUCAGAGAUAUGGCAGAUAUUCUACUCAACUUUGAUAAAGAUCAAACAAAGGCCCUACAGCAAGAGAUUCAGAAAGGACUAAAUAGCUUUCAGCAAUCUGAAGCUGCUGCUGGUCGACAACUAGCACAUGUAGACAAGUACUAUGAGGAGCUGACAUGUAAGAAAGGAAAGCUUGAGUCUGAGGAUAGAUGUCUGAAAACCUGUUUAGCUAAUCUGGAGAGUCAACGUCAAGCUAUCAACGAUUCCUUGCAGAAUUACAGUCAGGCAUUAGACAGAGCUAACUGGAACAAGAUGUCCACCCAGAAUGCUCUGGAUGAGUGCAGGGACAGGGCAAGUUACAACGAAGGAAUAAGGAAUGCUGGGAUUGGGAUUAUGUUUAUUCCCAUCCUAGGCCUCAUCGCAGGGUCAGUGAUGGUUGGUGUUGGAGAAGUAGAACUAAAUAAAGCUAAUAGGCAGGCACAGCAAGCACAAGAGGAAGUCAACCGUUUUCAGAACUUGGUUAAUUCCUUCACCUCACAGUUAGCUACAAAGAAGCAAGAGAAGACUGAGCAAGAAAGGAUGAUUGAAGAAUGUCAAGGCAACAUCUGGAAGACCCAUGUGAGUCUCAAGGAGAUGAAGAGUAAGCGGAUGAAAAUAGCUGGCUUUCAGCAGAAGUUGAGGAACGCUGUCCACUUUCUAAGUGUCUUGGCUGGCAAAGCUAAUGUUGCCAUGGUUGUGAGCUCUCAAUCUGUCAUCUUCCUGGAGCCACUGUGCACUGUAAUGGCAGAGAUUGUGGGCCUCUUUUAUCAAGCUGUAGGUGGGAAGUGUAAUCAGUUCCUGCAGGACAGGGACAUACAAAUGGCCAUUCAGAGCCUGCAGGAUGUCAAUAAACGAGUCUCAGCCAUUACUGGCGAGCUUGGUCUCCUAGAUGAUCAGUUUCUUUAAGCGAAACAUGUCUUACCAAUAUAAUUUGUAAAAUUAGACAUUUGUGCUUUGUGUGGAAUUAAAUAUAUUAAUUUAGAUUGAGAUAUUAAUAUAUUCAUUUAGAUUGAGAUAUUAAUAUAUUCAUUUAGAUUGAGAUAUUAAUAUAUUCAUUUAGAUUGACAUAUUAAUAUAUUCAUUUAGAUCCUCUGCUGAUUUGUAACAGUAUUUACUGUAGGUCUACAUCUUGACAUUUUCCUUGCUUUUGUCCUGAUGAUAAUGCCAUUAAUUAUGAGAGAAAGUUCAAAAGUUAUUUGUUUCCAACCUGUCACUUACUAAUCGUACAUGCAUACCAGUAUUGUGCUGUCACAAUUGUUUUAAAAGUUUAAAAUCAAGAGUGAAACAUUGAGUAUGUAGUAUGAAAUACCUGCGCCUUUGCUUUUUGAAACAAUAAAAGUUUUCCUCUUCCUCUUCAUUAA